GGGCACCUUGGGGAGCUUCCAUUUCACAUACACAAACAUACAUCAAGCCAGUGAAGCUAGCUAUAGCUCACAGUGGCUUCCACCACCAUGAAACUAGCUCUUUUCUCAGUUCUUACACUCCUCUACUUCCAAGCAGUGGUCUCUGUAAAGCCGCCAUUGCGCCAACAUCCACUUGACCCUUUAACCAAUGAAGAGUUUCUAACUGUCCAAACCCUAGUCCAUAACAAAUAUCCCACCUCAAAAAACAAAGUAGCUUUCCACUAUAUUGGCCUUGAUGACCCCGCCAAAGAUUAUAUCGCCAUAUAUGAACGUUCUCUAAUUCCUGUAGUAAUUCGUCGUAAAUCUUUUGUCCUUGCUAUCAUCAAUGGACAAAGCCAUGAGAUAGUAAUUGAUAUAAGGUUGAAAACUAUUGACUCUGACAAUGUUCAUAAGGGAUAUGGUUUCCCUAUCUUAUCCGUUGAGGAACAAGGUGUUGCCAUAGAGCUUCCACUGAAAUAUCCUGCUUUCAUUGCUUCAGUGAAAAAGAGAGGUUUAAAUCUCUCUGAAGUGGUUUGUUCUACAUUCUCCAUGGGAUGGUUUGGAGAAGAAGAGAGUAAAAGGACUGUGAGAGUUGACUGUUUUAUGAAAGAAAACAGUGUUAAUAUAUAUGUGAGGCCUAUUAGUGGAUUAACCAUUGUUGUUGAUCUUGGACUACAGAAAAUUGUUGAAUAUCAUGACAGAGAAAUUGAAACUGUGCCUACAGCUGAAAACACUGAAUAUCAGGUUUCAAAACAAAGCCCACCAUUUGGACCAAACCAGCAUAGUCUUACCAGUCAUCAACCUCAAGGUCCUGGCUUCCAGAUCAAGGGCCAUAGUGUUAGUUGGGCCAAUUGGAAGUUUCAUAUAGGAUUUGAUGUACGAGCUGGUAUUGUAAUAUCCCUUGCAUCUAUUUAUGAUCUAGAGAAGCACAUAUAUCGUAGAGUAUUAUACAAAGGGUACAUUUCUGAGUUGUUUGUGCCAUACCAAGAUCCAACAGAAGAAUUUUACUUUAAGACAUUUUUCGAUUCUGGUGAGUUUGGAUUUGGUCUAUCGACUGUGUCUUUGAUACCCAACCGUGAUUGUCCACCACAUGCCCAAUUCAUUGAUACAUACAUUCACUCUGAUGAUGGUACCCCAAGCAUCUUGAAGAAUGCAAUUUGUGUUUUCGAACAAUAUGAUAGUAUUAUGUGGCGUCACACUGAAACUGGCAUUCCUGAUGAAUUUAUUGAAGAGUCUAGAACUGAAGUGAAUUUGAUUGUUAGAACUGUAGUCACGGUAGGAAACUAUGACAAUGUUUUAGAUUGGGAGUUCAAAACAAGUGGUUCCAUCAAACCCUCGAUUGCACUAUCGGGUAUACUGGAAAUUAAGGGAACAAACAUUAAGCACACGAAUGAGAUUAAGGGAGAACUGUAUGGUAAAUUGGUUUCAGCUAACAGCAUUGGAGUUUACCAUGAUCAUUUCUACAUGUACUAUCUUGAUUUUGAUAUCGACGGUCCAGAAAACUCGUUUGAGAAAACAAGUUUAAAGACUGUAAGAAUCACUGAUGGAAGUUCAAAGAGAAAGAGUUACUGGACCACUGAGACUCAAACUGCUAAGACAGAAUCAGAUGCAAAAAUCACAAUUGGACCUACCCCGGCUGAACUAGUCGUGAUUAAUCCAAACAAAAAAACCGCGAUCGGAAACCACAUCGGAUACCGUUUGAUUCCGGCAAUUCCAGCUCAUCCACUUCUAACCGAAGAUGAUUACCCACAAAUACGUGGUGCUUUCACUAAUUAUAAUGUUUGGAUCACACCUUAUAAUAGAACUGAAAAAUGGGCUGGUGGACUUUAUGUUGAUCAUAGUCGUGGAGAUGACACUUUAGCUGUUUGGACCAAACAGAAUAGAAACAUUGUGAACAAGGACAUUGUGAUGUGGCAUGUAGUUGGAAUUCAUCAUGUUCCAGCACAAGAAGAUUUCCCAAUAAUGCCACUAUUGAGCACUUCAUUUGAGCUCAGGCCAACCAAUUUCUUUGAGAGGAAUCCAGUCCUUAAAACACUUUCUCCAAAAGAUGUUCCAUGGCCUGGUUGCUCCAAUUAAAACUAGAGAAUGUGUGCAAUUUAUUUGCACUUAAUAGGCUUAUCGGACGGUCUGACAUAUUCUCACUCCUAAUGGCAAGUGUAGCCAUGAAUAAAUGUCCGUUUGUUUUCAAAUUUUAUUAUCAAUUGUUUUUUGUUUAGGAUUUGCUUUCUAAUUAUUGUGCAAGCAUGAUUGAGUUGUGGUGUGGCCUUUGGACUGCAACUCUGUAUGUUGCUUAGCCUUUUUUGUUAAUUUGUUUGGCUUAUCGCUUUGUACUUUUCUAGAGUGCUGCUUGUCGAGUUGCUCUCAUCCUUUUAAUGAUAAUUUCAUUUUUCCUA